AUGGCAGAUUCUGACUCUGGUACCCAUGUAACGGACAUAAGUGAAAGUAUCCAGGACGAUUUUGAGUUCAGAAAAGAAGGUACUUUGCAUAGCUUUCUAUUUAGCAGAUUAUAAAACCACGGCUUCCUAAUUUCGUCUAUUAGCACUUGAUGUUCUCUGCUCAAUACUCCUUCGUCAAAACAAGUCUCAAUUAGGGCCUCUUUGUUUCAUUGAACUUUACGUCUACUUAGAGACUAUUUUUUCUAACCACGCCACGUUCGAUGGCAAGGUUCAUUUUCCUCAGUAGCUCAAAACUGCUCUUAAAGGUUGAAAUGCUGAGCCCUGGAAACACGAAGUUUAAGACGUCACUAAACUUGGCAUCAUUGCAUAUUACUUCAAAAUGGUAAUAUCUACGUUUCAAGGGCACACGGGCAAUGAACCUAUCAAACUUUGAAUGAUUUAUCUCGAUUAAAGUACUCUGUAAUUCUCUCUAUGUGAGUCAUACAGUGAGCUUAAGUUGUUCAUUAGGUAAAUUACAUGAUUCAAAUUUAUCCCGCGGAAAAGAAAACCUCGUUACUUUCAACAUUCGCCUGAUAGUACCAAAGAGUGAAAAUACACUUUAUCGCUUGUAUCUCGAUUUUGAUCCAAUUUCGACGGAGUUAAAACCGCUCUUUGAAAUAUUCUAAGAAUUCACUGCAGUCUAUAAAAUUGAGUUUAACAGCACUGAAGAGAUCUGUAGUGUAAAGAGAACUUGAAGUGUAAGCGAAAGAUUGAUCACUUAAAUUAAUGACUAUACAUUACAGCCGGUGAGACUUCACUUAAAGCAUAGGAAAGUUUAAUUUUUUCGUUUUCGUGGAAAUGUCUUUCUUAAGGUUUAAAAGGCGAGUAAAUUGUAUAUUCGAUGAACUCGGCCAAAAAUUAUUUCUUUGUUUUUUCAAAUAUAAUGCUUUCAUCCGCUGCUUCGAUGAGUCGUUUGUUCACCAGGGAAAGAAAAGGGAGCUUCGUUUAAAGUUUUAUUUGGCUUUAUUUUAUUGCAAAUCAUAAUCAUAGUUACCAAUAGAAAUAAUUAACUUUUGUAAAAUAUCAAAACACGAAUCACUUAUCAGGCAGAAUGCUUUAUGCAUGCUGAAGUGGCAUGCACUUUUCAGGGAUAAUUGAGUCAUUUCAAAGCAACGGGCGAUCUCAUCAGGAGAUGAUCAUACAACUGGCCUCAUAUAUUUUUACCGCUGAUGUUUCUCGAACUUCCGAGCGAUGAAAAAAAUUUGUUAAUUAUUUCAUAUAGAUAGUCAUGUGUAUUUUUGAAGCUAGCUAGUAUUCUGCAUUUGGUAUUGUGAUACCCACAGAAAUAUUGAAUGGAAACAAAAAAUCGUUAUGCUCAGCACCAGCAUGUAUAUUAUAUUCGAGCCUUUCUUAACGUCACUCGGCGUUAUAGCAUGAGACUACGGUGGUUUUUGUACACAACAAAUAAAACAGGAUUUUACCUAGGUUGACAUGUACUGCACAGUUCUGUUAUUGAUAUUACCUUUUGAUUAAGUCUAUUGAUUCCAUCUUUAGAAAAUUAUCUUUGAUGCCAAAAAGAUGCUUCAAUUUUUUUAUUACUGGCGGCAUAUAUUUUCCUCCAAUUUAGCCUAUUAAGUGACCCUUCCGUUCACAGAUAAGGUAGAUUGUCGAGAAAGUUAAUUAAGUUUCGAUUUUUAAUCCCCGAUGUUAAGCUAGGAUGGUUCAUCAAACUUUUUGCGUUAGCUUCAAGUCCUGCAAAAUGAGCUAAUGUAGUAUCGAAAUCUAACAUAUGUUUGCUAAUAAAAUUAGCUUCAAGAGGGGAAUAUUUGUUGUUUUUAAGACAGCUUGAUUGAAUUUUCUUUCCUCAGCUAUGCUACAAACAGUGACGGAAAUAGGACGCAAUUUAUCAAAUGAAACCAUCUCUCAGAGGAAUUCAAUUGAGAUCAGUGGAGAAGAUAUCUCGUGGAAUAGAUCAAACCCGAUUCCUUCUGGUCAACAGCGUCGAAACAGCACAGGCAGUACCCCUCGCUUAAUUCGUCACGUGUCUAGCCGUGUCACUUCACCUGCUCCUAUAGCGCAAAGUCGAGUGUCAUCUCCAUCUCGUUUUUCAGUAGCACUUGUAUCGGGAUCUGCUUUUCACGUACCCAUUCAAGCUCCAUCGCCGGGUCGUCACGUGCCACACCGUGUCGCAUCUCCUCCCCGACUCGCACCUAGUCGUUCUGUAUCACCCACCCGUAACCAAACAAGCCGAUUAUCGACUCCAGUUCGACACCCGGCAACUCGCGGUUUAUCUUCUGCUCAACUGCCAUCCAGUAGAGGAAAUUCACCUGCUGGGCGAGUGCCGCGCCGUAGAGCCACAAAUGCAGGACGGGCCAUUGGUCGAGUGACAACACCAAGGGAUAAUUUGAUAAUCGCAAACGUUCAUGCAACGCCUAGGAGAUACAGAAAGGCUAAUGGUGUUGUCAACUCAGCACAGCACUCUGUUCCUAGCAGAGCACAACAAAUCGCUGCCCAAACGUCACCCAGUUAUGGUGGUGCACUCAGCGAAGGGGAUGGCGCAGGAUUUCUGAGGACUUUAGAUAGUAUCCCAACACAUUCGGGAUCAAGGAGUGCGUACGAUUUUGUCGACGCUAGUAAGCGGAAACCUUCGAAACGCAAGAGAAAUGCCAGACAAUUUGAUAUCAAGGAUAUAGACCUUUCUGCACUUGAAGAGCAAGAAGUAUUAAACGAUCAAGUUGACGACAAGCCCUGGCUCCCAACUGGAAUCUAUGCAGUGUUCUUAAUUACACUGUGGACUGCUGUUCUGAAGCUUAGUGAUGGUGUAGAAACAAACGGUCCUGUUACUUGCUCUGCUGGCGAAGAAACUCGUCUUUGGAUAUGCGCCGCCUCCUUCUCGCUUGCACAAGGUCUCGCUGAAGCUUUUUGGCAACGAAAAAACAUGCUUAAAGUCCUUUUUAGUAUGCUGUGCCUCUUUGCGUAUUUCGUCAUUUUGCAUGUGCAACCGCUAUCAUGUCGGUUCGGAGAGGACAGAGUCACAGAUAUAAGCAAAUGGCAGUCUGCUAUAAAUUUUUUUGUGAGUGCGUUGUUAGGAUUGGGAAUUUAUAAGCACAUUUUGGAAACGAUACAAAACCAAAGAAUAAUCAAAGAAAAAAGAAUUCAAAAGGGGCAAUGGGAAGAGGCUGAGGACUCAGAGUUUGAGGGAUUACCAGAAGGUAUAAUAUAA